AUCUUUAUUUUUAGGUUGCUUUUUUAAGUUCUGGCUCUAUAUAUUUUGAAUUGAAGACCACGAAGAACCUACAGAAGUAAUUGGAAUACCAAUAAGAUGCAGUACACUUCCGAUGAAGCCUACGCUCGACUCAUUAGCCACAAGAUGACCGUACCACAAAGGAUAAAGGCAACUGGUGACAUAAUGGAUGACGAAACCCAAAACGGUUUGGGAACAGGAUGGGACUAUGCCAAUGAAAAAUUUGAUAUGAAGGUACCAGAAAGGAUACUUGUAGUUGGGCAAGAUCAGCACAUUGGUACCAAAGCUCCGCCUCGAGAAAUUCAGCUAGAUAAUGCUGUACUCCCCACUGAUCCAGGGAUGAUCCGAGUGAACACGCCUCCUCGUGUGAUCACUCUCGAUCAGCACUACUUCCCAUCAGCUGAUGACUUUCAGGAGAGUAUGCCUAACUCUCCUCCCAGGAAUAUAAGACUGUACAGAUCUCAAGCGGACGGUGCCCUGUCACAACCACAUGUCGAUCAUUUUAAUGACUCAACUAUGACAGAAUCAAGGCUUGUUCUAAGAGAUCCAACACCUCCAAUGGGGGCUGGCGAAGGUCUCUCCACUGCUGAAGAGAUGGUGCAUUUACGACGACAGAUAGUCAAAUUAAAUAGACGCGUAAUGUCGAUUGAAGCUGAGCAAUUACAGAGACAGCAAAAGGAGAAGAUAGCUUACGCUAUUGGUAUUGCUUACUUGUUGUUCAAAGUUAUUGCUUGGCUUAACCGAUCCUAAUAAGUUAUACAAGGUAUUACUUCAAUUUCCCAUGUAGAUGUCGAUUUUAAAAUGCAUUAAAGAGGUCUAGGUCAUUUUUUAUUUAAAUGUGAAAAUGGAAUUCGAAAAUGUACUACUGCCUUAAAUGAAAUUUACUAGAUCUGGUCAGUUUGAAAAUGAGUAAUUUUGUUUAGAAAUGUAAUGUUCCGUAGAUUGCCGUAACAUUUAUAGAAAACAACGGAUAAGGUGAAAGUUUUAUUGCGUUGCAUACCUACUUUAUACUC